AUAUUUUUAGGAGAUGAUUAUUGCUGUUAAACACAUGUAUAAAAAAUAUAUUUCCUAAUAAAAAAGACAAAUUUACUUGUUUAUAAUUUAACUGUGUAACUCGAAGAUGGCAAUGCAAUUUGAGUACGAUGAUAAAGGGACAACUUUCUACUAUUUUUUGUUGUCUUUCUUUGCAAUGUUUCUUCUUCCAGCAACUUAUUAUUGGUUUCCUGAUAAUUCUAAGAAAAAAGACAAAGACGAUAAAAGAAAACCAUGCUAUUGCCCUCCAUGUACAGCAAAACACGGCUCUUUAACUAAAAAAGAGCCCGGAAAGAAAAUAACUAAAUUGAUUGUAAGAGCAGUUCUUGUUUUACUCUGGGGAUUGCUUGUUGCUGGUAUUGUGAAAGUAUCACAAUUUGAAAAAGAGUUUAAUGAAUAUAAUCCAUAUGAUGUUUUAAAGUUGGAGCCUGGUGCAACAGCAAAAGAGAUAAAGAAACAAUAUCGCGUGUUGAGUUUUGAACUUCAUCCUGAUCGAGGUGGAGAUGAAAAAGAAUUUAUGAAAAUUGCAAAGGCUUAUCAAGCAUUAACAGAUGAGGAGUCAAAAGAAAAUUGGGAUAAAUAUGGCAAUCCUGAUGGUCCUGGUGCUACACAAUUUGGUAUUGCCCUUCCAUCCUGGAUUGUUGAUAAAAAAAAUUCAAUGUGGGUUCUUGGGGCAUACUUAGUUGCAUUUAUCAUUAUAUUGCCCAUUGUUGUGGGUACUUGGUGGUAUAGAUCAAUUCAAUACAGUGCUGAUGAGGUGCUUAUGGAUACUGACCAACUUUAUUGGUAUUUUUUCCACAAAACACCAAAUAUGUCAAUUAAACGUGUUAUAAUGAUUUUGGCUGGUUCAAUGGAAUUUGAAAAAGGCCAUAAUAAUAAUGUUCAAGAAAGACCAAGUGACAAUGUUGAAUUACCAAUGUUAAUGCGAGAGUUAGCACAGUUAAACGAAAAAAAUAAAGAAAGACCACUAUGCUACCCAUACAGUGUGAAAGCUCGUGCCCUUUUACAUGCUCAUUUUUCAAGAAUAGCAUUGCCACAGGAGACACUUCUUAAAGAUUUGGAGCUUAUACUUAAAAAAUGUCCUUAUUUAAUAAAAGAAAUGAUCAAUGUUGUUGGUCAACUUAUAGCCUUGGGAAAAGCAGGAAGAGUAUUGAAGCCGCCACGUUUAGAAACGCUAGAAAAUUUAAUGAAAUUAUCACAAAUGAUUGUGCAAGGCGUGUGGGAUUGCAAGUCUGCGUUUCUGAUGUUACCUCAUAUUUCACAAGAACACUUAAGGCAUUUUCAUACUAAGAAGAGACACAUUAAGAGCAUAAGAGAGUUGGUUGGUAUGAAGAAUGAAGAGAGGAGACUGUUGUUGCGCACACUAUCUGAUGAACAGUAUCAAGAUAUUAUAAAUGUAUGCAGUUCUUUUCCAAGUCUGGAUAUUGAAGUGAAAGUUAAAGUUAUUGAUGAUGAAGACAUGCAUUUGGUGACAGCGGGGUCAAUUAUUACUGCUGUUGUAAAGCUCAAAAGAACACCUUUAGGAGAUUUUUUUGAAGAUGAGACAGUGUCAGAAUUAUCAGUAGAAAUAGCAAAUGUAGAUGAAGAGCCUCCUGAUUCUCCAAAACCUGCAAAAGCAUGGCAACGAAAAGUCAAAAAGAGUAAAGGAAAUAAAAAAGUUAAGAAACAAACAAACAAAAAAACUAAAAAACCAGAAGAGGAAAAAAAAGAAGAAGAAAAAGUUGAAAAAAAGAAGGAAAAAAAAUCAAAAUCUAAAAAAAAUGCUGAUGAUGGCGAAAAUACUGGAGAUUCAGACUACGAAUUUAAUGGUGUUGAUGAAAUUGAAGAUUCUGGCGAUGAUGAGUAUGAAGACAAUAAUGAACAGGAACCAUCAGUAGAUGAAAAUGAAGGCUCUAAAGAUGAGUGGUCUAAAAUCAAAGAUGAUGAUCUAAUACAACCAGAGAAACUGCUCGAACUAAAAUCAAAAGAAAGUCAUAUUGUUCAUUGCCCUUACUUUCCAAUGGAAAAACACGAAUAUUGGUGGGUUUUUAUAGUAAACAAAAAAUCAGGUACUCUUCUCACCCCUCCACAGCAAGUUACUAAUUUAAAAAGUGAAGAGGAGGUGCAACUUAAAUUUACGGCUCCAGAAAAACCAGGGGCUUAUAUUUAUACUGUAGUUGUUCGCUCAGAUUCUUAUGUUGAUUUGGACAAUUCAAAAACAUUUAAGGUAAAUGUAACGGAAGCAAAAGAAUUUGAUCCUGGUGCACACUGGGAUUAUUCUAGCGACGACGAAAACAAAGAUGAAUCUGGUGAAAGCGUUUAUGAAACUGAAGAGGAAGGAGAAGCUGGCGAAGACGAAAAAGAAGAAGAAGAUGACGAUGAUGACGAUGAUGAGAGCGCAGACGAAUAAGCUCAACUCUCACCAUUUUAAUCAUAGUUAUAGAUAUUUUAGAAAGCACAUGUUUGUGAAUUAUUCUUUGUAUAAAGUCUACUAGAGGAUUAUUUUUA